AAAAAAUAGGAAGGGUUUUCUCACAGUUCGAAUGAACUCACCCCUGCCUCUUCGCUGACGCCGAGAGAAUGAAGAAGCCCAUCUCUCGAUUAGCUUAAGCACUCAUUUUCCGUCUCUUCGUUUUCAUUUUUCAAUUUUGUGUCCAUCGAUCGUCUUCGUCGUCUCUUUUCAUCCCUCCCCUGCAGUUCGCGUAGCGAGGGAUUCAGAAACUGACCGCCUCCGCGUGGCCCUCGUUUCAAUUGGGGCAAAGCCAUGCCCCUUUUCAUCACCGACGACGAGCUUGCUCGUUACUCCAACGACGCUCCCCACGUCGCAGCUAGGGCUGACGAUUACAUCAGGCGCUUGCAGACGGAGCUCGAGACCGUCAAGGCUGCCGCAGAUGCCAAUGCGGUCACCGCCGAGCAGACUUGUUCGCUUCUCGAGCACAAGUUCUUGUCCCUCUCCACCGAGUUCUCCACGCUCCAAUCGCAGAACGCACUUCUCCAGUCCACGCUCGAUGAGCGUCUCUCCGAGCUCGCCGAAGCCCAGGCUCAGAAGCAUCAGCUUCACCUGCAAUCGAUGGGGAAGGAUGGCGAAGUAGAGAGGUUGGCAACAGACUUGUCGGAACUGCGUAAGAGCAAUAGGCAGUUGCUUGAGUUGGUGGAGCAAAAAGACGCGGAGAUCAACGAUAAGAAAGCUACUAUUAACAGCUAUCUCGAUAAGAUUGUUAAUUUGACGGAGAGUGCAUCAAAGAAGGAAGCUCGACUAUAUGAGGUUGAGGCAGAGUUGGUGCAUUCUCAAGCUGCCUGCUCUCGCCUUUCACAGGAGAAAGAAAUUGUGGACAGACAUAACUCAUGGCUAAAUGAUGAGCUGACAGCCAAAGUCGACAGUUUGAUUGAGCUGCGCAUAAGACAUUCCAAUCUAGAGGAAGAUCUGUCUGCUAAGCUUGCAUGUGCUGAGAAACAAUUGAGUGAAUCUUCAAGCUCUGCACAGAGGAACAAGGAUAGAGCAGAUGAGCUUGAAGCGAAAUUAACUUCCUUGCAAGAGGAAUUAUGCUCUACUAAGGAUGCUGCUGUGACAAAUGAAGAGCAACUCUCUGCUGAACUCUCUACUGCAAAUAAACUAGUUGAACUUUAUAAGCAAAGCUCCGAGGAAUGGUCAAGGAAAGCAGGGGAGCUUGAGGGUGUCAUUAGAGCUUUAGAGACUCAUUUGGGUGAGCUUGAAAAUGAUUACAAAGCUAGACUCGAAAAAGAAGUCAAAUCAAGAAGCCAAUUAGAGAAGGAAGCUGCUGAUCUCAGAGGAAAACUUGAAAAAUGUGAAGCUGAGAUUGAAAGUAGCAGGAGAAAUAGUGAGCUUAAUCUACUUCCACUCAGUAAUUUCUCGACAGAAAGGUGGGCGGCCCAGUCUGAUAGCAAUGUCUCCAUGGAGGAUACUGACAUGCUUGUUCCAAAGAUUCCUCCUGGCGUUUCAGGGACUGCAUUAGCAGCUUCUCUACUUCGCGAUGGAUGGAGUCUGGCUAAGAUGUAUGCAAAAUACCAAGAAGCUGUUGAUGCUCUGCGCCAUGAACAACUAGGAAGGAAGGAUGCUGAAGCUGUAUUGCAACGGGUUCUGUUUGAACUGGAGGAGAAAGCAGGAGUUAUUUUGGACGAAAGAGCGGAAUAUGAGAGAAUGUUGGAGUCAUACUCCAUCAUUGGCCAAAAGUUGCAGCAGUCUGUAUCAGAGCGGGGGAACCUGGAAAAAAUGAUCCACGAAUUGAAGGCUGAACUAAGGAGGAAUGAAAGACACUAUGAUUUCGCCCAGAGGGAGAUUGUUGACCUUCAGAAGCAGGUUACUGUUCUUCUGAAGGAAUGUCGCGAUGUGCAACUACGAUGUGGAUUGGGGGAUAAUGAUGGUGACGACUCUUCCAUUUAUGCUGAUGUUGGUAUGGAAACAAACGCUGUUGCUGAUAAUGUCAUUUCUGAAAGGCUUUUGACUUUCAACGACAUAAAUGGAUUAGUUGAGCAGAAUGUGCAACUCAGAGGUCUUGUGCGAAGUCUUUCAGAUCAGAUUGAAAAUAGGGAGUCAGAGUUCAAGGAGAAACUAGAAAUGGAACACAAGAAACUCACUGAUGAAGCUGCCGCUAGAGUUGCAAAUGUCUUACAAAGGGCAGAAGAACAAGGGAACAUGAUUGAAAAUCUUCGUGCAUCUGUAUUGUUCCCUCUCCCACAAUUUUCGUGUUUGACUCUUAGCUGCAUUUUCUUUGCAAUGUACAAAAGGUUAUAUGAGGAGCAAAAGAAACGACAGUCACCGGAUACACUUCUACAUUCUUCAGAGGCAGCUCUAGAGAAUGGAGGGAAGGAUCUUCUGUUUGUCCUUGAGGGUGCUCAGAUGCAGGAAGCUAGCAAGAUGGCUCAAGAAAAGGUUGCGAAGCAGUUGGGAUCUCUUGAGGAAAAGCUGUCAAAAGCUAGGAGUGAACUUGUAUCAUUGCAAUUGGAGCGUGACAAGUUAGGUUCGGAGGCAAAGCAUGCAACUGAAAAACUGGAGAGGUUUAUGAAAGAAUUUGAACACCAGGACGGUCGAAUCAAAGGUCUCGAAGCACGCAACUUAGAACAUGGCCGCCUGAUUCUUGACUUCCAGAAAAGAUUAAACGAAAGCAUGCAUGUUCAACAUGCUUCUGAGGAUCAUUGUCGGAAGCUAAACAUGGAGGUAUCGGCCCUAAAGCAUGAGAAGGAAAUGUUAUCAAACGCUGAAAAGAGAGCAUGCGAUGAAGUUCGUAGAUUGUCAGAGAGGGUGCAUAGGCUGCAGGUUUGGAAAGCAAUCUGCUACUGUUUAGUAUUGAUUUUGCUUCAGUUGUCUUACAUUGUAUUGUCUCUGCAGUCUAGUUUAGACACUUUCCAGAGCGCCGAGGAUGUUCGAAAGGAAGCACGAGCUGCCGAGAGGAGAAAACAGGAGGAAUAUGUCAAACAAAUUGAGAGGGAAUGGGCAGAGGCAAAAAAGGAGCUGCAACUGGAGAAGGAAAAUGUCAGAUCCCUCACAUGUGAUCGGGAGCAGACUUUGAAGAAUGCGAUGAGACAAGUGGAUGACAUGGGAAAAGAGUUGGCUGAUGCACUGCGUGCUGUCACAGCUGCUAAGACCAGGGCUGCUGUAGCUGAGACUAAACUUGAUUUGGAGAAGAAGAAGGCAAGUUCUGAUCAAAAUGUUGCUGAUGGGCUGGAAAGCAGGGCGCUCACUGUUUCCUCUGCAGAGAUCACAACCGAUUUGAUUAUGGUGAAGGAGGAAGUUGGAAAAUUGAGAGAAGAAGCCCAAGCUAAUAAGGAGCACAUGCUGCAGUACAAGAAUAUAGCUCAGGUAAAUGAAGAUGCAUUGAAGCAGAUGGAAGCUGCUCAUGAGAACUUUAAGAUAGAGUCAGAAAAGUUAAAGGAGUCUUUGGAAGCCGAGUUGAUAUCUUCCAGAGUGAAGAUAUCUGAGCUUCACAAUGAAUUGCGCUUAAAGUCUGAAGAAGUUGUGUUGGCUUCUGCUGGUAAAGAAGAGGCUCUUUCUUCUGCUCUGGCUGAAAUUAAUGUCUUGAAGGAGGAACGUUCUAGUAAAAUUUCUCAAGUUGUUGCACUGGAAAUGCAAGUUUCUGUGUUGAAAGAGGAUCUGGAGAAGGAGCAUGAGCGGUGGCGGUCUGCUCAAACAAAUUACGAAAGACAGGUCAUUUUACAAUCUGAGACAAUUCAGGAGUUAACAAAGACAUCGCAGACUUUGGCUUCCUCACAAGAGGAAGCAUCUGGCUGGCAUAAAUUGGCAGAUGAGCGAGAAUGUAUAAAUAAUGAACUGAAAACCAAGUGGGAGGCCGCUCAAUCAAUGCUAGAGGAAUCAAGAAGGGACUCUCAGAAGAAAUAUGACGAGCUUAAUGAACAGAAUAAAUUACUGCACAGCAGACUGGAGGCUCUGCACAUCCAGUUGGCUGAGAGUGAUCGGAGCUCAGUAGGAAUGUCUUCUAGGAGUAAUGCUGAUCCAAAUGCUGAUGGAGGGUUGCAGAAUGUUGUUAGCUAUCUCCGGCGGUCAAAGGAGAUAGCGGAGACUGAGAUUUCUUUGCUAAGGCAGGAAAAGCUGCGAUUGCAAUCACAACUUGAGAGUGCUCUGAAGGCGGCGGAAAAUGCGAAAGUGUCACUCGGUGCUGAGCGUGCGAACUCAAGGGCCUUCAUAUUUUCAGAGGAAGAAAUGAUGUCUCUUCAGCAUCAGGUUGAAGAGAUGAACUUGUUACGUGAAAGCAAUAUGCAACUUAGAGAGGAGAACAAGCAGAGUGUUGAGGAAUGUCAGAAAAUGCGUGAAUUAGCGCAAGAGACUGAAACUAAGGCAGACAAUAUGAAAAUUCUGCUGAGGGGAAGAGAAGCAGAAAUAGAAGCUUGCAAGAAAGAAAUUGAAAUGUCAAGAGCGGAGAAGGAUUUCCUGCAAAAGAGGGUUUCUGAGUUGCUAGAGAAAAAUAUUAAUGUGGAAGACUACGACAAACUUAAAGCUAAUCUUCAGAGGCUGCAGGAGAAACUGAAAGAGAAGGAUGAUCAGUUGGUGGAUACGAAGAACUGCAUGUCGAGGCAGCAAGAAACCCUGUCAAAGUUGGAGGAGGACCUUGGACGAAAUGAGGCGGAGCUGAAUAGUAUAAAGUCCGAAUUGGACAAGCAGAACAGAACGGUCACGCACUAUAAGAGAAGAAAUAAUAGUUUGUCCAAGGAAAGGGAUGAGUUACUCAAAGAAAAGGAUGCAGCUAACAAACAGAUCGAGGAAUUAAAGCAAGGCAAGAAGGUUAUCGGAAACGCUGGUGGUGAACUUGCCGUUAAGGAAAAGGAGGAGAAAGACACCAGAAUACAGAUGCUAGAGAAAAUGCUGGACAAGGUGAGAGACGAUUUGAGAAAGGAAAAAGAAAAUCAUGACCUGGAGAAGGCAAAACAUGAGAGUUCUGAAAAGACUGUUCAGGAAUCUGUCAAGCAUGUUGAGCAGGAGAGAUCAAGCUUUGAGAACAAAUUUGAAAAGCAUAACGAGGCCCUGAGGCGCCUUUCAGAUGAGCUUGCAAAGCUUAAGCAUGUCGAGGGCAGUCUCCCUGAGGGAACUUCCGUUGUUCAGAUUCUUUCUGGGAGCAUUCUGGGUGAUCAUGCUGCUGUUUACCUGUCAGCCGUUGAAAAUUUUGAGAAAAUAGCCACUUCCGUGCUGGGUGAACUUGGACCGACUCCUCCAGUAGAAACCCCUCCAGCACUGGAUGCUCCUGCACCAGUUCCAACUGCAAGUCAAACAACUGCUCAAAUUCCUGUUACCCGAGCCAUUCCCACCAAUCCAAUUCCUGCCAAAGCUGCUGAAGAGAAGGACAAAAGAUUUGUUGUCUCCCGCACGAACGUAGGUGAAGUUCGUAAACCAGGAAGAAGGUUGGUUCGACCCUGGCGUGGCAAGACAGAGGAACCUCAGGUUACUGAUGCAGAGAUGUCUGAGGUAACAGCAGAUAAAUCCAACCUUGGAGGGAAACCUGUUGCCGCAUCCCAAGAUACCGAUGCUAAUGCUAUGCAAGGUAAUCUAAUAAGCUCAUCAUCUCAACCACUGAGCCGCAAACGGCCUUCACAAUCUGUUGCCGAGGGUAGCGAGCAACAGAUUCAAGGGGAGGCUCUUUCCCAGGGAGCUGCCCCUGUGCUAAAGAAGGCCAAGGGACAAGGCUCUUCAGAGGGAGGGGUGGCAGAAGUGCUGCCUGGCACAUCAGCAGCCGACGUUUCUUUGGAUGCAGCUGGUGAUGUACUUACAGGAGGUUCAAAUGAAGAAGUGAUCGCUGCUGAAAAUGAAAUGGCCGAUAUUGUUGGGGACAAGAUGGAUUCAGAUGUUAUAGGUGGCAGCGGGGACCAGGUGGAAGUACAGAACCAGAAGAGUGAUGAUGCGGAGGAUACUACUUCAGAUAAGCCGACGAGUGGGACAUUAGUUAUCGAGAUUGAUGAGAGCCUGAAGGACGAGUUAAUGGUUGAAGAGGACCAACAAGGUGACAGAGAAGAGGGAGAGCUGCCAUCAGAUGUUUCUGAAGCUGAAGGUGGUGCUGACGUGGGCAGCCCUGAAAGUGGGGAGUUCAUGCCCGAAGGCGGCAUCACACCUGAGUCAUCACCAUUGAGGAUGGAAGAAGAAACAGCAGCCCCUACAGAAGAUCUCGAGGCCGGCGAAAUCCCAGAUGACGAAAAUGAUACAGCGGAUACCUCUAACAUUGGUUCCGAGAAGGCAAAUGACACUGACGACCAGAAUGCAGUGGUGGAAACCGAUCAAGGUCAGGAAACCACACCGGUUGCUGGGGACGUAUCCACGACCAAUGCGAGUGCAGAUGCUGAUGUGGUGAAAGCAGAGGCAGCGGAGGUGGUGAAGCAGCAGGUUUCGCCAGCGAGUCAGGCAUCAACAGUCGUUAAUUUAGCUGUCAGAGCCAGGGAACGGGCUCGUAUGAGACAAUUAGGAGCAGCCGCUACGAGUUCACUCCCUGCAGCAGCAGCCUCGCCGAGUGCAUUGAGAGGUCGUGUCAGAGGUUUGGUACGUGGUCGGGGUGUGGGUGCACGAGUGUUGCCACGUGGUGGAGGGAGAACUGGUGGACGUGGAGGCCAAUCAUCUGGCCAACAAGGCUAGGCUAAACCCUACUACGCUCUUUACUCAAGUGGGGUGUGCCUUCCCUUUUUGUUGGUUGUUUCCAGUUCAUGGUUCGAAGUGACAGUCGAUCGACUCGAGCGUUCGAGGAGUACUGGGGUUGUCGGUUUAGUAGACGGUUUUGGUAGGCUGUUGUUGUUUUCAUGUUGCUGAGAGUAAAUCUUCCUUUGCCUAAUAUAAAUCUGUAGACUGUACAGUGCAUCUGGGUUUUGCAAGUGUUUUUGGCAUGAACUCUAAGAAUUGUGAUUAGCAGGUUGUCACGCCGGCCGGCGUGCCACCGGUUGGACAUGGUUCAACCUGUACCGGUCAUAAAACCGGCGUGACACCAUCGAUAAGACCGACAUGAUCGAUAUACGAAUCUCUAUGUAAAAUAACCUUAUUUAAGUGACUUCAAUUGUUAAAAAUUAUUUUAUUAUUUAUGUAUGAGUAUAAAUGUUAAAUAUUGAUGUUAUUUGUUGGAUUCAAGUAUAAAU